UUCAGUCAAUACACUGUAUAUCCUGACAUCAUAUACAUAUACGUAUAUCUUAGUGUGAACAACCUAGACAAUUGUGCAUAGUGUAAAAUAUCUAUAAUUGUAUAAAAGUGUGUGAAUUGAAACAAAUGACAAUCUUCCAGACACAUCCAGCAUAUCAAUAAUUAAUCUCUCUGACAUGUCAUAAUUUAAUUUUCUUUUGCUGCAAUAAACUAGAAUGACUCUGAUUUAGACAUUUAUUUGCUGCAGACUCUUGUGCUGUUUAUUCAUGUAGAAUUAUGAUUGGCCUUCAUUUAAAACAAUACCAGAUGAGAGUGAAGUAUAUACCGGUGAUGAGCUACUUUUCACCACAAAUCCCCCUUAGAUCCUUAUGGUAAUAUAAUUACAUAAUAUAGCUAUUUUUGGCACAAGUUUGGGUAACUUUUUUUGGCUCCUCUUGUGAUGUCAGUGUGUGGAAGAGUCCUCAUAUGGUAAUACCAUUUUAUAGCAUUGUUCUAGUAAACCGCUAUUGAUUGGUUAGAUGCUGCAUGACAGAUUCAGAUGUGUGGGUGUUUUCAGCAUAUUUAUAACAGUGAAGGAGAUUAUCGAGGGCAGACAAGACCACUCAGGCUCCGAGGGCUGUUAUUAAACAUUUCCACACAGACACGCACAGUGAAGAGUACUGCUGCCAACUGCACUGAAACAUCAACGCUGAAGGCAAAAUGGACAGCAUUUGCAAUAAAAAGUAAGCUCUAUUGUUGUUUUAUUUGCUUGUUAAACAUUUCUCUCGUUUGUGUAUUAAGAGUACCCCCUGCUUCUUUUGCCCUCUUCAGAUAUUUCUCUGUGUCGAAUGAAAAUGAUGAAGAUAUAGACCUUGACACAUGGAUACCUCCGGAUGCUGAUCUGAUCCAAAAGAUGGUCUCUCAGAUUGAAUAUUACCUCUCUGAUGAGAAUUUGACUAAGGAUGCUUUCCUUUUAAAGCAUGUCAGAAGAAAUAAGAUGGGUUAUGUCAAUAUCAAGCUGCUGACCUCUUUUAAAAAGAUGAAGCAGUUCACAAAAGACUGGCGGGUCACAGCCUACGCACUCCGGCAUUCAUUAACGCUAGAGGUAAACAAAGAGGGAAAUAAAGUGCGUAGAAUAGAGCCGGUACCAGAGUCCGUCCUCUUUCAGGUACCCAGCAGACUCCUGCUGGUCUGGAACAUCACAGAAUCAAAUCUGACAGAGAACAUGGCACAUGACGCAUCAACACCUCACAAGAGCACCAUGGAAACUGCUAUUGCAAUUCUGGAGCCAUUUGGCACCAUCACCAUGGCUCGGGUCAACCGGCCUGGCAGAGAGCUUCCACCAGAGCUUCAGAAAUACAGCUACAGAUACCCAGAGUUGUUCACUAAGGAGAGCGUACUAGUAGAAUAUGAAGAUCUGGAAGGAGCUGGACGUGCUUACCACCAACUCUCACAGUCUGAAGGUAAUAUGAGAGUACUCCUGGUGGGGAAAGCUUCCAAGAAGAAAGCUGUGGAUGUGGGUUUGGAGGACAGAAGUAACGGGAAGGGGAUCUCCAUCCUGAACCAGCGCAUGCUACAGCUUCAGACUUGUGGUGAAGACUCGUCAGCAUGCAGCUCUUCAGAAUCAGAGUUCACCUCCUCAUCACCUCUGAGCAUCCCUCGCUUUUUCUCUGGCAAGGUAUGUGGCAGCCCCUUAAGUAGCCCACGUUCCAGCCCCAAAUGUGUCCAUGCCCCCAUGCCAGGCCCUCGCAUUUCACCCCUCUUAGCCUCAGAGCUCUGGUGCAGUCCAGACACAAGUCCAGAUUUGCGAGAGAAACGCAAAUUGUGCGCCAACCAAAACAAAAACGGUCAGACGAAUGAAAAAAGGGCUCUAAAUGGAGACACAGCGCCUCCUGGAGUCCUGCGUCUGCCUUAUGGUCCUGAUGGGAGUAGAGGUUUUCAUGCCAUCCUAGUUAGAAGAAGACUUCAUUAUUCAUUCAAAGUAUAAGUAACCAAUUGUUUAGUUAGAGUAAUCAGUUGUUUUCUAUUUGUGCUGUAAAUUACUUUGUCAUUUGAUUUGCUGACUUCAAAAUGCAAAUGUGUGUGUAAUGGUUCUGUGCUUGUAUCUUAAUAAACAAUUAACCCAUUAGUGAAUUCUUAGACGUUUCAAGUACAAAUCAAAUUGCUUUCAUUUACAUUGCAGAAAUGAGCACAAUCCCAUAUUUUCUCAACUUUAU